UUGUUUUAUUUACUUUUAUUUAUAAUCUACAGCGAUCUUCAGCCCAGGGAAAAAGAGACGAAAAAUGCCUCCAUUGGUACCAAAGCAAACAAGUCCGACAGGGGUGAAAUUGAUGACGACGACGACCCACUAAGCAUCUUUGUUGGUCACCUGAAAUCGAAAGUCACCGAUUCGGAUCUCAGAGCCUACUUUAACAAAUUUGGCCCUGUGACAGAGGCUGAAGUAAUAAUUGAUAGGGUCCGUCGUGUAUCCAGAGGCUUUGGAUUUGUGACCUUCGCCGACCGAGAUGCUGUUGAUGUUGUUCUUGCGUCCUGCCACUUCCUGAAUGAGCGUCGACUCAACGUCAGGCCAGCAGAUCGCCAUGGCAUGCAACUGUACGUCAAGUCCACUCCUUCCCAAAACUCUCCUGAUAUAUCUGAUCCCAUUAUAGUCCGUAUUUACUAUUUUUUUCUGGACCUUCUAGGCCUGGGGUCGGCCACCUAUGGCUCGCAAGCUAGGUGGUGCUCUUUUGCUGCUUGCAUCUGGCUCUCUCAGAUAAAAUUAGAAUGA